GAGCCAACGUGAACAGAAGAACGGUGACGGUAACGGUAACGGGGAGCGAGGCCAUUGUUGUGUGAAGAAGGAAUUCUGAACUAUGAGGGAUUUUGAGGCUGUUCGUCUGACUGAGAUUUCUAGGUUUCUCCAUGACUUCACGGAGGAAAAGAAGAAAGGUGUAUCAAGAAUCAUGUGCUGAUAAAUCAAAAAUUCCAUGUUCGCCAGUCGUUGUAUUAGCUCACGGUGCCGGUGCUCCCUCUUCUUCCGACUGGAUGAUUAGAUGGAAGGAAAUGUUAAAGAAGUCAUUAGCAGCUGUUGAAGUGGUCACAUUUGACUACCCUUAUCUUGCUGGUGGGAAAAGAGGAGUUGCUCCUAAAGCUGAAAAAUUGAUUGAGUUUCAUUUGGAUGUUGUUAAAGAAACUGCUGCUAAAUUCCCUGGUCAUCCUUUGAUAUUAGCUGGCAAAUCAAUGGGUUCUAGGGUAAGCUGUAUGGUUUCAGCUGUGAAUGAAGAUAUUACAGUUUCAGCUGUGAUAUGUUUAGGAUAUCCACUUAAGGGCGCUAAAGGUGUGAUAAGAGACGAGACCUUGCUGGAAAUGGGAGUCCCAGUGAUGUUUGUUCAGGGUAGCAAAGAUCCUAUGUGUCCUCUGGAUAAGCUUGAAGCUGUUUGUAACGAAAUGAAAGCUGUGACUGAGCUGCAUGUGAUUGAUGGUGGAGAUCACUCCUUCAAGAUUGGGAAGAAACACCUUGAAACAAAGGGGUUGACACAAGAUGAAGUCGAAGAUGUUGCUCUGAAAGCAAUAGCCGCUUUUGUCUCCAAAUCUCUUGCUCAAAGCUCAUAAUUUGUAGUCAAGGUUUACCAGGUUUGUGGGUAUAAACUACAUUUUCUUCGCCUGCCCUGUAGUACAUUGCUUAUUCAACUCCUAAUGGCUAAUGCUGUCAAUCUUGUGCCAACUUUAGUUUUAUAUUUCUAAUGGUAAACUGCAGUUCUUAGAUUUCUUUUUACUACUUCUUUUACACCAAAGUCAAGUGUUUUUGGUUAGUUAAUGUAGUUAUGAAGUCUCCUUCAACUAAGCAUCGAUCUUGGCUUUGUGUGAUACUGUCCCAUUAAUUA